AUGGCAAUCAUGUUCAACAUUUGCGCGUUAGCAGAGGGAUGGCAGCAGGUUCUCGAUGCUGACAACCGAACGAUCAAGCCACACUCACCAGCAUGGCAAGUCUCCUUUGCUUCGCACAUUGCACUCAAAGCAACGUCGUUGGCUCUGGCUUCCACCGCAUAUCUACUUUACAUGCUCUCGAUGACUUUCCACUAUAAUCCACGAAAAGGAUUUGCUAUACCAGUACUUGGCUGGCUCGUCUCAGCAGCGAUUAUGUUCAGUCUGAUAGGGGUUGAAGUUCAGCGGUACCGAAAAGCCCGAACAGAGCAGUCAAUAGAGUACACAAAAAACUUUUUCGCCGGUAUUCUGGCUGCAGGCCUGUACUGCUUGAUUGCAAUUUUAUUAGCGACUUAUACGGCCUGCGCAAGUUCGCUCAAGUUAAGUCUCACAGACAGGCGAAUGAUCGAAUGUACAAGCAUCGUCUAUCGGGUCAUCGCUUUUGCCAUCACUCUUCUUGGAGGUGCUGGGAUGUACAGCACCGUUGAAGGCUGGUCUUUGAUCGAUUCUCUAUACUUCACAGACACCACCGUUCUUACCAUAGGCAUCGGAAACAUCUCUCCUCAAACUCAUCUGGGGCGCUCAUUGCUGUUUCCAUAUGCCACCACCGGAAUAAUCAAUCUGGGAUUUGUCAUCUCGAGCGUGUCAUCAUUCACAGACAAAAUGAGAGAUCUAAAAUUGAGAUAUCAAGUUAAUGAGGCACGGCGCGUUUUGCGCGGGGAGCACGACUCAGAGAGAACAGCGAAUCAGAUCCCUACAAAUGGAGAGAAAUCACAGAGCUCUUUACCAGUCCCGUCGAAAUACCCAAAACAGAAUGAAAUGUUGAAGCUGCACAAAAUCAAGGCAGAUUUUUAUCGAAAAAAUCGCUGGAAAGAAUUGAUAUUCUUUGCAGUGUCAUGGUUCUUAUUGUGGCUAAUCAGUGCUGAAGUUUUUCGUCGAUCCGAGAGACACAAAGACUGGACUUACUUCAUAGCGCUCUAUUUUACGUACACAUCCCUCACGACAAUCGGAUACGGUGACUUUUUCCCGACAAGCAACUUUGGAAUAGUCUUUUUCAUCUUCUGGUCUUUACUUGCUCUUCCCAUCUUAACAAACCUCGUCACGGCCAUGGGCGGAGUUCUCCAUAGGAUGCUGACAUUUUCCUCUCGCUAUUUAUGGAAAAACGUGUUUCAUAAAGGGCACACGCACCACCACCAUUCACACCACCAUCCGCAUUAUUCUUCGCUCGAAGGUGGCUCUCAGGUGUUGGCACAACUGCACGGGAAUGUACCUGACAGCCCGCCUUUGCAUCUGGAAGGACAAGAUCAUGCAACCACAAUGAAAGAAUACUCUCGAGAUCCACCUUCGGUUGGACGUAGGUGGAAAACAGUGCAGGCAACCAGCACUGGAUCGAGGGCAACUACGCAAUACAGGUUACGCCUCGCGGAAGAGAUGAAUACACUCCUGUCUACUCUAAAGAGUGAAUACUUUGAGAACUGGGAAGAGCUUUGUUGUACCUGGUCCAGAGUCAUACCUCUGCUCCAUGCCGGUGAGAACGUUGCAAGUGCUCCAAAUGAACCCAUACCUUUUUCAAUGUCCGCAAAAUCCGACCAUAUUGCGUUGAUGAAGCUCAUGGACCCCAAGAAAGCAUUGUCAGAGAGAAACACCGAAAUUUCAUGGAUUCUGGCAUUGUUGGUGGACAAGCUUUGUUCGGAUUUGAGGGAGGAGUUAUCUGAGGCCACAUGA